CUUAAUUUACUGCGCGUACCUUGAAUUUCAUGAGCCUCACCUUCACAUGCUCGCCAGGCAGUCAAUACCACUUCACCCUCCUAUGCGUCCACCCGAAUAGACCAGCAAUACCGCCGACUCCCUUCCUUCACGAUGCAGCGCCCAGCGUACUCCAUCCCGCCCGCCAACAGCCCGCCCCUUCACCACCCCGUCCCCCAGCAUGUAUCGACAGUGCCCCAACUGCGAUCACCCCCUCCGCCCUCUUCGCAAAACAGCCAGCAAGGUGGCUAUGGCUACCAAUCAUCCCCUCCCCAAUCUCAGCAGGGAGGACAGGCUGGUUACAUGCAACCCGCAUUCGGCGGCUUCAUCAACGACCCAACCGCGCAGAUGGGCUUGAAACUAGGCCAGAACAUGGCCCAGGCUGGGCAGGACUAUGUGGAGCAAAACUUCAACCGCUACGUCAAUGUCUCCGCGCUCAAACACUACUUCAAUGUCUCGAAUGGCUAUGUCAUGAAGAAGCUCUUCAUUGUCCUCUUCCCCUGGCGCCAUCGGCCUUGGAGUCGCCAGCAAGGCCGGAUGAAUUCGAAUGGGCAGGGUGCUGAGUUUCUGCCCCCACGAGAAGACAUCAACUCUCCCGAUAUGUACAUCCCCACCAUGGCUUUUGUGACUUAUAUCCUCCUCACCACGCUCAUCGCCGGCCUGAACGGCAAGUUUGAACCGCAACUCCUCGGCCUUACCUUCUCCAACGCCUCCGUCAUCAUCCUCCUCGAGCUCGUCGUGCUCUGGCUUGGCCGCUACUUCUUGAACAUCUCCUCCGAAUCCCAGAUCUAUGACCUGGUCGCCUACUCCGGCUACAAGUUUGUCGGUGUCAUCACGACAGUAGGGUUGAGUGCAGUCUUCGCGGUGGGCAAAGACAAGAGUGCCAGUGGGACAGGAUGGAUUGGGUGGACGGUGUUUGCUUAUACCUUUAUGGCGAAUGCCUUCUUUUUGUUGCGGAGCCUGAAAUACGUCCUACUACCUUCUGACAACUCGUCUGGUGGCCCGGGCAUGCAGACGAUUGCUCGCGGGCAACGAAGUCGGCGGACGCAGUUCCUCUUCAUCUACAGCUACGUUGUGCAAUUUGCAUUUAUGUGGUGGUUGACGGCGAUGGACGUCAGUGGCGGCCCAAGCAGAAAGUGAGGCACAGUGGGUUUGGUUGAUUCGGUCCAAGCAUGCAGCGUUCGAGCGUGGUGUAGUCUAGCGAUGCAUAUCUUUCAACAGGGGUGUAGGAAGAUUGCAAACAAACAAUCAUGAUGACAUCUUACGUGCAUUCUCGCGCGGCAUGCGGAAGGAGGGGAAUCCACCCAGCUUGCCCAUCGCUCCUUCC